CCUCUCGCUCUCCCGGUCCCUCACCUCGGCUCGGCCGCUCUCCCGUAGGUAUGCCGUGCUCCGAGGAGGUCGUCGCCGUCUCCCCCAGCAAGCGGGUCCGGCCUACCGAGAAUGGCGCCUCGCGACUCCGCUUCGUGGGGCUCUCGGAGCACGCCACGGCCCCCACCCGAGGGUCCGCGCGGGCCGCCGGCUGCGACCUGUACAGUGCCUAUGACUAUACGGUGCCACCUAUGGAGAAAGCUAUUGUGAAAACCGACAUUCAGAUAGCUGUUCCUCCUGGAUGCUAUGGAAGAGUAGCUCCACGCUCUGGCUUGGCUGUAAAACACUUCAUUGAUGUAGGAGCUGGUGUUAUAGAUGAAGAUUAUAGAGGAAAUGUUGGUGUUGUAUUGUUUAAUUUUGGGAAAGAGAAGUUUGAAGUAAAACAGGGCGAUCGGAUUGCACAGCUUAUUUGUGAACGGAUUUUUUAUCCAGAAAUAGAAGAAGUUCAAGUGCUGAAUGACACAGAACGGGGUUUGGGAGGUUUUGGUUCCACUGGGAAGAAUUAA